AUGAAGUACGGCCUAGACGACGAAGAUGGUUACAUCGAUCUCAGCCAGAAAGCUCUACUUCUCGAGGAGUUCCCAUCACCGGCCAAUGUAAAACUGCUGAAGGUGAUAGCUAGUUCUGCGAUUGAGAAGCCUAAAGAGGAAGUGAAAGAAAAAGAGGAUACAUUCGUUGUCGAAGAAAAAUUAAGUUGCUACGAAGAAGUUGACUUUUCGAAAGAUCCCCGAUAUCCAGAUUUUAUCGAGGAUUUGAAGAAAUUGGAACUCCGGUCACGACCGUCUACUGUUGCUUCAACAAAGAAUAGCUUGAAUUGCUCAUCCCUGCAAAAAGAAUUGAUUUUCUCACCGGAAAAUGUUCUCAAAGUAGACGAUUUUGGCUUUGCGCUGCCUCGCACAAAUUGGAUUGCGCAACUGCAUCAACAACCAAAGACUUCAACACCGAUUAUGAAUGUUUUCCCGAAACUAAAUUUCGACAUCUCACGCGUUGACUUGGAAAACAAGGAAAAAGAUGAUUUGGAUUGGUCGAAGAACUUUAUUGUUGCCCCUCGGUCUGUGAGCGAAGAAUCCGGUAAAGCUCAAUUGUUGGGCAAAGCCGAGUCUUCUUAUGAUACAAGAAUACAAGAAGAUGAUGUACCAACCUUCCUUGAAAACUCGUCAAUUCUGAACAGCUUUGCAACUGCAAUCGAUGAAGGGGAGUCUGAAUACGACGUGUCAGAACGGGUUAAUUCUUCGUCUUCCGAUGCAGCAUCAGACGAGGAUAGUAAUGAGUCAAGACAGACGGUGGAAGAAGUUACGACGUCUAUCGCAGCGUUAAAACCGGUCACUCUUCCUGGAACUUUCGCAGAUUUUUACUCGCACGAAAUCAAGUACAAACGAGCUUUGGAAAAGAAAAUGAAAGAAUUUGAAGAGAAAACGGAGCCUGCAAUGCUUGCACAAAUCAAGCGAACAGUUAUGGAAAAAGUGACAAUUUCUUCGAAGAAGCAUGCAACUAAAGAAGAUAUUGAAAAUAUCGGAAGUUACUUCGCUAGUCUUUGUCAAGGACGACCACUUACUGGCGUCAACGAUAGUGAAAUCAGGCUUUCUACAUCCUUGGAAGCCUUUUAUAUGUUGAAUCAAGCAUGUGAACGCUAUUUGAAGUUAGCCGAGCACGACGCAGAGUUAUGCCCGAUUGUUUCACGAAUUCUUCAUUCAAUUGGUAGUAAAGAAGAAGCGUUCUUGAAGAUUGUUCUUGGAAGGCUUUUCUCAUCAUGCAUAUUUUUGACGAUGGAUUCUGUGCGAUGCUUGAAAAAGGCAGAAUGGCUUUGCACACAACCGACAGAUGCUCGAAAAAUAUUUGUGGAUCAGCAGCGAUCACUUCUUCGCGUUUUCUUCACAAUCCAUUUGUUAGCCCAUGAAAACGAAGCAGGAAUACUACGAGUGGCCUUUAAGAAUAUAUGGCGUACGCUUGCUUACUGCAUAAACGCUCCUCCAGUUCCACUUGCUACACCAAUCGUUUUGGCCGAACUCUUAGAGAGUUGUGCGAAUGAACUGUCUGAGGCUUAUGGGUCAGUGUGGGAACGUGCGAUCGAGUGUAUACUGGUGGAACUCCUCGAUAAGCUGGAUGAACAAGUUUCGGAUAAUCAACUGCUUAUGAAAGCCGGACAAGCCACGUACAAUUCAAUUCUUCGAUGCAUCAUCGAUGAAUUUUACAAA